ACCGCCACCUCAGCCACCGUAUUGAAGUUAUCCGAAUUCAUCUUAGAGAGAGAAAGAGAUAUUACACACAGUAGUCAGUAGUGUGUGUGUUUUUGAUGCAUGAAUGGCUAUGAAUUGCAUAAAUGCAAUCUGAUCAUCUGUGGUUUGUUUAAUAAUGGUUGCUUUGAUACUCGUGGACUGAUCCGUUUCAUUGUUAUGAAGUUCGACAGUGUUUUUGUUUUCCCGCUCUUUUCUUUUUCUUCUUCUUCUUCGCAGCAAACCUUAUGCAUUGUUGGAUUCAUCAAUCUCCAUCAGCUUUAUGCAGGGCUUAGAGCGUGCUUUUUCAUGGCGAAAUGCUACGCUGCUCGCGACUUUUUUAGUUUAACCGGUCUACAGAUCGGAGACUUGCAGUCGUAUCUUUCAGGUCUUGGCCUUUUCUUAGCACCCGAUAGCAAGACAUUUUAUGUAUUGGUGGAUAAUAGGCCAUGGCUGGAAAACUUGGCGUCACGGCCUGCACACCUGUGGCAGUUGAUGGUUACCAAGUCUCGGAUGUCGCCUUUUGCGAUCACAAAAGUGCGGAAGGGUAGGAAAGAGACACCGGAUUUCAGUGAGUUGAAGUUCUGUCACGAAACUCCGACCCCAUCAGAAACGUUAAGGAGAUGGUUCUUGGUAAUCGAUGCCGCAACACUCUCAAGAAAGAGGGCAUUGUUACCAGUCAAGAAACUCCGGAGUUCCUUGCUUGCAAAUAGCAAAUUGCAAAGGACCUUGUAUGGAUUUAUUGUUUUCCAAGUGGCCUGGAACGAUGUACGUGGCAUCAACUAUUCGAACGAACUUCAGACUGAUACUUCUCUUGCUAUAGAAGCGAAAUAUAUGAGAAGAUGGGAAUUUGAUAGUAUUGGUGAAGCUGCUAAAGGCAUAGCUUCAUGGUUUCCAGGGACACCAUGCGAGUGUUCUCGCUUGGAAGAGCAGCUCAACUCUAUGAUAGGAGACGAGUUUCAUGAUGCUCCUGUGGAUUUUCCCAACCUCCACGGUAGAGAUGAUGAUGAAAAACUCUCGAAUGUUAAUUUGCACAUGGAAGAGGAUGAAUAUUGCUGCACUCCUAGUAGCAGUCUUGGUGAGCAACCAGAAAUUUUAGAGGACCAAGUAAGUAUAUGCAACGGGCUAAAUAAGAGAAGAAAACUAAUGAAUUUGUUGGGUAUGGACAUCGAGUCCGAUUUCCAUACUGAAGAAGCUCACAGUGAAAGUGUUGGCAGACAAUUACCCUCCUCAUAUGCAAGUGAUUGUGAAGAAGCGGAUGAAGCUACCCAAUACAGAGAUGUAUUGCUUUUGUUUCGUUUCAAUGAUCGUGAUCUUCCCUUUGAAUUACAGAAGAUAAUUAUGUCUGAUUUGCGGUUGCUUACUUUAUUGGAGGCUGGGCUUCCAUCUUGGGUUAUUUUCUCUCAGUCUUAUCCGGUAUUUUGUCACAUCUAUCGUCCGUGGAUGUGCCCUCUGGCAAGAGCAUUAUACGUCGUGAUUUCCCUUGUUACGGUUGUCAUUGGUUUCUAUGAUUUGUACAAAAACGUCCCUGUUCUUAAGGCGACUGCUGCCCGUUUAUGUGGGCCUCUUUUCGGCUGGAUAGAAACAUGGGAGAUGGUAUCAAGGAUCAAGUACUUGGGAACUAUGUUGUUUUUACAUAACUUUGAGAAGGCUGUUAAGUGGUUCUUGAUGAUGACACGUACUGUACGAUCAAGUGUUUCAGUUCUCACGCAGCCUUUAGCUCCGCCAUUUAUGGUGGUCUUGGAGGUCCUCCUUCCUGUUUGGAACGUUUUCAUCCAGAUGGCCGAGUAUCUUUGCUCAUUCAUUUGGAUUCUGAUGGCAACCUUUUGGAAUCUAGUGGAGAAUCUAAUUGAGAUCAUCCUGUUGCCUGUGUAUUUCAUUUCAUCAAUCAUUUGGAUGAUUGGAACCGCGAUCUUGUACCCCAUACUCUGGUUCCUUUUGGAGAUAGUCUAUGCUCCAAUUCGCCUUAUUCUCGGAUUAUCAAAUUUUGUGGGAUUUGUCUUUAAGAACACGUAUGAUAUCCUUGGAGGUUUAUGGCUGUUUGUGAGUGACAUAUUCAAGUUAGCUUCGAAUGCCGAGACAAGUGUGAGCUCUUACGAGGUUGCCAUGUGGCAUUCCCUUUGGAAUGACCUUUUCUCGCAGAUUUUCCGGGCUGUUAGGAGCAUUUUAAAUGGGUUCGUUGCAUUUUUCACAGCUUGCAAUAGGCAUCGACUAAGUAUAUAUAAUCAUCUACAGGAGUUCAUUCGACGACUUUAUCAGCCGACCCAGAGACCAUAUUCCUUGAAUUCCAUCCACAGACCAAAGAAAUCGGGAAGUAAGACACGGGCAGAAUCAACAAAACGGAGGCGGUCAGUGCUUACGGAAAACGUAAAACAGAUCUGACAAGUUCUUGUUUCGACAUUCUACUGAACUACAUCACUAACUAGAGACUCCCGAGAAAGCAAGUAGUCGCAGCCGAGGCUUUUGUAUAGAAGAGUACGGAACCGAACAAAUGAUGUUCCGUAAAAGCCAUGGUGGGUCGGAAAACCCCGAGUCCGAGGCCCGAGUUAUCGUUAGUUCGAGUCUGCUCAUGAUAUUUUCGAAGUUCAAUCGAAUUACAUUGGAUGAUGCAGCAUAUGGGAGACUGUAAAUAAGAAGGCUUUACAGUAAAUAUAUACGUGUGUAUAUAUAUAAAUAUACGUACAGAAUAUGUCUUCAAUGAACAA